AUGAUGGGAAAGAUCGCGCUCAUCACCGGGCGAAGAUACACCAUGUACGGCGGCGGGAAGGAGCCGACGAUGUCCCUGCCGACGGAUGAAUCAUUGAUCAGUGAGGCGCAAGCCCGGCCAAGCCCGAGGGAGAGGCAGAGGAGGAAUGAUGUGAACCCGAGGAGUCAGACAAGGCCGGUGGUGGCGGAUCAGUGGGAGCAGCCGCGGGAUAGUGACCCGGAGAAGGCUGACCUUAUUCACCCCCAGGCAAUGACUCACCGGAGAUGGAUGAUCCUCGAAGAGGAAUUCGAGGAUGAUUUCCCAAUCCUGCAGCAGUCUUCCCACACCAUGCCGAAUGUGGUUUCAAGUGAGGGUGAUCAAGGUAGUGAGAACCCCACUCCUACUCGAGCUGCGAAGAAGAAUGGGAAGGAGCCUUCUCAGAGGGAGGUUCCCAAAACCACCCCGAGGAAACUAAGAAAGGCAAAGCCUUCGGAAGAAAAGAAAGGGCUUAAAAGGGAAAUUCAGGGCUGCCACGAGCUCCAAGUCAUCGAUGGUGAACCCUGUGCACAAGAAUAUAGUGCCACCAGGGGAGAAUGA